GCCAACAUGGCGACUGGUAAUUUGUAUAAACUAAUGUGUGAAGUUAAAGGGCAGGUGAACUGGAGAUCGGCGAAAACCGCUUCGAUACCAAAUAGGACGCUGCCGGGGGUGUUGUGUUUAAGCAGUUUGGGCGAUAAUUUUUACAUUCAAUGUAAAUACAAGCAGGGGAAAACCAGUAGAAAAUACAAGCUCGAUGUAGGACAACUUGUCGAAACCAAAUUGAUUGCACGGGAAAGAAAACUCGCUAUUUCAAUCCCGGAGGAUACUGGUACGUGUUUUAACCUCCAGGAAGCAGACGAGAAUGAGAUCAAUGAGUUUAUAUCUAGCUUGGAUAAAAUUAAAGAACGUGUUUUGUCCAAAGCAUUGUCGAAGAAUACCCAAUUAUUUGAACAUAUUGGUCCAGUUACGAGGGUCAGUACCUUAUCUGGGUCAAAAGAAGCUCCUCAACGACUUUCAGGUGCCAGAAAAGAUGAACAACUGGACAAAAGCUCCAUAUCCCAGAAUAAUUUCCAAGAAAAACGAAAGUUGGUGUCACCAAACCCAAACACUGAACCACAGGAUGAAAAUCAAAUGGCACAUCCUGAAACGAAAACUCUGAGGCAGAUAAGACGGGAACGAAUCUUAAAAGAAUUGUCUGAAAAAGGUGUGUCUAUUGAAGAAGAAAAAGAAAGGAUAAGGGCGCAAUUAAAUAAACUGGCUUCCAGUGGAACUAAGAACACUUCACCAAGGGAUAUACCAAAAAUUAUGCCGCACCCAAAUAAUCAGCAUAGGCAAAAAAGUCCAGAGAGAACGAAGGGUAAAAGAACAGAAAAAGUAGCAACGGAUGACUUGGAAAAAGAAAAUAUUAAUAUCUUUGGAUCAACACUAGAGAGGAAAAUAACUCCAGUUAAACAAGUCACGUUCAGUUCUCCUCGGAGACAGUCUCCUUUGAAAGAGAAUGAAACUUCUCCGCAACUUCGUCCAGUCAACGCUAGCUCAUUCUACGGAAGCAACAAUAAAACUCUUCGAGUGAAACGAAGUGCACGGAAGCCUGCAGUGAAAAGAAGUCUGGACAUUCGAUUUUCUUCCCCCCCAAUAAGAGAAUCACCGUUCUUCACAACCCCCCUGGCAUCAAGUGAGACUCGAAGUGCCAACAAACCCUCAAAAGACAGUCGGUCAACUUUUCGGAAACAAGCCAAACUUUCUUCGUCAUAUUUUAAGGAUUCGGUUAUCACUUCGCAAGGAUUCUCAAAUCUCGGUAAUACUUGCUACAUGAAUGCUAUCCUACAAUCGAUCCUCGGUCUUGUGCCGUUUGUUCAAGAUCUUAAAAAUAACGACAUACUUAAAACUGUUAAUCGAACGUCUUUCUACAGUUGCUUAACAAAUUUGUUUCAAUGUAAAAACAAAGAUGGCGCAAGUACAGCGAAGGAAACUGCUCUAAAAAGAUUGAAAAAUUCUAUCAACUGCGAACGUUUCAGUGGUUAUGAGCAAAACGAUGCACACGAAUUUAUGUACAUUUUCUUGGAUCAAAUGAAAGAAGAAGUCCAACAGGCCUUGGAAGAUAAUUCUGAAGAAACGAUUGCUAAGGUCUGUCCCGUGGUGAGAAACUUCGAAGGCUCGCUUAAACAUGUUAUCGAGUGUAAAGGGUGCAAAAACGUCGUGACUAAACACGAAAUAUUCAACCAUUUGUCACUUUAUUUACCUCGCUCACAUACAUCCAGCCUGACAAGAUUACUCGGGCGUUUUUUCCAGGUGGAAGAGCUCGAGAGGACUUGUGAGAAAUGCGAUUGUGAAACUGCAACGCAGUAUGUUAAAAUACAAACUUUACCAAGAGUCAUUAUUCUACAUAUUCUUCGAAGCGGGUUUGACCAAUACAGAGGCACACAAGAAAAGAUUUCGAACCAAAUUCAAGUUGAUAGAUUUCUUGUUGUAGGUAGUUUUUGUUGUUCUGACGUCUCAGGACCGCAGCCAUUUUUUCGUCGAAGGAAAAGUCCAUCUAAAAGCGAUUUCGUAGCUGACUGUGAUCUGACUCCGUUUUCUGACGAGGAUUUCGCUGUUACAAAACCGCGACGACGAUUAAACAUGUCAGCAGCAGACGAUACUUUGAGUGAUACAACUCCGGAGAAAACUGCAUUUUGCACGCAAGAAAACUCGUCUUCCUCGCUGAAGAAGAAUGCGUUUUCCUCGCAAAAGAAUGCAAAGAAAAAAUAUCCUGACUGGGUAUAUGCACAAACAAAACGUCCAACAGUAAUCAACUGCAUUGAUUCCAGCGAUGAUGAUGAUUUAAACAAAGCUAAGCUAGCAAGUUUAAAUCUUCUUUCCGAGGAAGAACAGAUUCGACGUGCUAAGAUUGAAAGCUUAAAGGAAGAAACAGAAUUACAAAAUUUCGAAAUUACAGUGUCGGUGGAACCGGUUUCAGACUCUAGCGCAAGUGAAUUCCCGGGGGUGAAAACUCUACAAGAAAAUAAAUCACUUGAAAGCGAAGAAGAAGAAAUAAGACUCGCCAAGGUUACAAGUUUAGAUGAAUGUUUUCCCAACGUUGAAGAGCGAAUCGCGACGGAAGGAAAUGAAAUCCGCGGUGGUUCCAACACUAAACGAAGAAACUUGUCAAGCGAAGAAGAAACAAAAACACAUCUUGAAGAGUUAGAACGAGUAAAUACGACGGAUAAAACGCAAGCAAGUCAUGGUUCAUCAUCUAAAAGAAGGAAAAUUGAACAGACGGGUAAUAAAACUAUGGAUAUGGACAUAGUUCCUGCCGAUUAUGAUGAGAAUAAACACUUGAAGGAAGCUUUGGAGAUGAGCUUGCGAGAUAAAGAUUUGGAACAAUCACAAAUGGAGGAAGCCAUAAGAAUGAGCCUUCAAGAUGGAUUGGAUAAUGUCAAGCUAAAUGAUAUAGUUCUACCGGAAACAUCAGGGGAUGAUACCGACAUGAAGGAAAUGGGUGAAGAAAAUGCUUCGACGGAUGAUUUCAGUUACAGACUUGUCAGCGUGGUUAGUCACGUUGGAUCAAGUGCAUCUGUAGGCCAUUACAUUAGUGAUGUUUAUGAUAUUGAAAGCGAACAGUGGACGAGGUACGAUGACAUCACCGCAGAAAAGAUUGAGGAGUAUGCUGUGAGAUACUGCAAACGUUCUGAUGGGUAUAUUUAUUUCUAUAUGCACAGAAGUUGUGUCAACUUGCUUCAACAAAAAUCAACCAUAAGCUGACUGGGGUGGCAAAAUACUGACUUACAAUAAUAAUAAACCGAAAUGAAAUUGUGUUUUUAAUAAUAAAAAAAUGA